AUGAAUCCUGAGGGGGUACCACUGCAAGGGAGGGGGUAUGAAGGGUAUCCUGCACAGCCUGGAGCACCUGCAGUGGUUCAGACCACCACUGUGACCAUCACCACUGAACCCCCCAAGGACCACAUCAUCUGGUCUCUCUUUAGCUUCAUCUACAUGAACUUCUUCUGUCUUGGACUGGUCGCUCUCAUCCACUCCAUCAAGUCCAGGGAUCGGAAGAUGGUUGGUGACCUGGAGGGUGCUCGACAUCACGGCUCAACCGCCCGAUGCUACAACAUCGCAGCCACCGUUUUGUUGUGUGUGCCGAUCUUGAUUGCCAUAAUUGAUAUAAUCUACAUUUGUGUGCGUGUUAGUAACAGAAGGAUUUAA